AUGUCGAUGGAAGAGCAUUCGAUGGUGAUGGAAGAGCAUUCGAUGGUGAUCGAGGAGCAUUCGAUGGUGAUCGAGGAGCAUUCGAUGGUGAUAGAGGAGCAUUCGAUGGUGACGGAGGAGCAUUCGAUGGUGAUAGAGGAGCAUUCGAUGGUGACGGAGGAGCAUUCGAUGGUGAUGGAGGAGCAUUCGAUGGUGAUGGAGGAGUAUUCGAUGGUGAUAGAAGCGAUUCUCGUAGACCAUCAAGAUGCCAAAUUGCAUUAG